GUACGGAUUUUAACGCGACUGCCGACAAGCCAAACAAUUUUGUGUCAUUUUGUGCUUCCUGCGUUUGCUCACAAACAACUUUGAAAUGUACAGCAAACAUAACAAGCCGUGCUCUCUGCAUGCCAGAUGCCAAAGCAGAUUUCUCUCACGGGUUUAUCAGUGCGCUGCUGGCGGGGAUGAAAUGAAGCAUCUGAUCUUUCUGUUGCGGCUGCGUCGGCUUUGGGGAAUCGGGAUGUACUCUGAGGAUCUGAUGAGUCGGCAGAGAUCUUAUUAGCAAAGUCAGUGUGCAUUAUCGGAAGAGCUGGAGGAUGCUUGUAUUGCCGCAUCUGAUUUAAACUAUUAUUGUAAAGUAUCUCGCUCAAUUACCUUUGAACGCUUGGCAACUAGAGUGCAGUUGUAGCAACAAAUCGUAUGGGUGGGAAAAAAAACAGGAAAGAAUCGAAAUGCAAGGAUUUAGUCACAAAUUCUACAAUGUGGUUUUUUUUCUGUGGAACGUACGCCCACUUCUUGAACAAAACUCACCUAUUUGCGGGUUGUCUGCUGUUUCUGACAUGCACUCAGAUGCCACAAGAUGCUAUGAAAAUGGUAAAGUGAACAACAGGUGCAGACAUACAGCACAAGAUAAGAACACGGUCCACAAUCCAUGCAGAGUUUUACUCUUAUGGAUUUCCUAGAAUCCAGGUGCCUGGAGUCAAAAUGUCUGCGCACCGAAUAACAAUAUUAAUGCCUGAAAAAGGGACACACAUGAAGCAGCGUGACAGCCGACUUAUCAAAUCAUUCUCAUCACGUAACAGACAAGGCAACAAACCAACCACAGUACCGUUUCACCCAUCGAUUGAUCGCUUGGCCCGCCGCUCCCAAAGCAAAAGUCACAUGGGUCCUGCCGCUCAAUAUCACUGACCUGAAUUUACAACCGUUUUCCAGUGCCAACCAUAUCGAUGCACAUUUCAUUACGGAUGACGCCCGCAGAUGCAGCCCGCGAUAUCUAGCGUAAAGGAGAAAAACGAUUGACAACACACGAAAGUAGGUUUGUGGUGACGUGAAAUUGACCAUCAGACUCAAACCUCUCAUUGGCUGAUCCGCCGGACAAGUGAAAGUGUGUCACACUGCGAGAGCCCUCGCGCCCGACAAUUAGGACAGGCAAGUUGAGAGAGUACAGAAAGCCUUCGGAACGCCGCACUACCAAGCCUGAUAUGGUUCACUUGUGUGUGUCCAUAUCAGACGAUGGUGUCAGACUGGAGUCUAUAAAAAAAGUAUCACCCAAGCCGGCGAGAAGGAAGGCAAAAAAGACAAACAUGGCUACUUUGGAACGACAUCCGAAAUCCAGGACGGCGUCAACUCGACAGGAUCGUGGCUCUUGUUCUUCCACCGCCUCAUGCCCCGUUUUCUCUGGCUCGUACAGCGACCACGAAGAAGACCCUCCGCUGCGUCGUCAGUCUUCGCCGCUAAUUCAAGGUUCUCUCUCGAGUCUCCGCAACGCCACCAAACCAAGCCACAAAAGAAACUCUUCCAGAAUCCAGGGUUCCGUCCCCUCCCUCCAAGGAUCGUUACCAAGCCUGCAAGGAUCUCUUCCAAACUUUAACUUCUCUUUACCAAGACUAAAGGGAUCGUUCUCACGGUUGAGGAGGCGUUCUUUGAGCAGUCUAGACAACUCCAGCCCAGGCCCAAGCGAGCGGAGUACCAGCCCUAGUCUACAAAGCGGCAUUGGGAGCUCCAGUGACGAUGACGGAAGCUGGGACACUAACAGCUGGAGUUCAGGAGCUACUUGCCUGCUCCGGACAUCUUCAGAGCAAAGUAGCGCGGAGAAAUCAGAGAAAUCGGACGGAAUAGUCGGCAACACCGAGCAGGCGUCCACUAGUGCGGCGGCGGCGGAGCCUGAAAUCAUUUACCAAAAUCUCAUCUUUACACGGCCCGCCCCGAAAACUGAAAUUCACGGUCAUUUGGAGAAAACCGAAGCAAUGCUAGAGAAAGACACAGGGACCCAAAGCACGAACUCAUCUUGUCCAAACACGGAAGCCUUGGCGGUCUCCACUCCUCAGGAAGAGAAGAAGAAAGAGGACAAGCGCAAGUUCUCACAGUUCCUCAACGAGGUGACCGGCAGGGUGCUGAAAUCGAACAGCGGCGCCUCACAGCAGCACUCCACCUUGCGACACCGCAACCCAUCUCUUCCUCCGGCGACCCAAUGCCAACUCCCGUUGCCGUCGUUUCGUUCAACCUCAACAACCCUACCGGCCCCUACCGGCUCCUGGUGCAGCCCCACCAGCUCCAACCUCCAGACCAUCAAUGAAAAUGACUCAAAGGACAUCACGAGCUCCAUCCAGCAGUGGAGCAAGACAUUACCCAGCUGUAAGAUCUUAGAACCAACAGACAUGUUGAGGAAAAUAAAAGGGGAAAGUCCCUCAUACCGAGAGCGCGGCGUGGAGCUAUGUACAAAGAUCCAGUCGCAGGCCUCCACGGGGAGGCUUUAUCUGGAGACGGACAUUGACAGAGUGAGGCGACUUGAUGAACUCACGGCGAAUGGUACCCAGAUCAAAGAGAGAAAUGAGAAGCACCACGGAAAGGUGCCGGAGAGAGGCAACGAGAGAGAGGACAGAAGUCCUUGGGAGAGAAAUGGAGCCGUGGCGCCCGAGAAAAUAAAAGAAGCCGAUCAAGGCAUGGAAAAGGAGAAGAAAGUCAUGCGGAACUGCUACGAGCCAAAGUGGGGCUCAAACGGAAGGAGUAACCCGUGUCCCGCCUUCAAGUGGCCAGAAGGUUUUCCAAGAAUGUCCUACAGGUCCAUCUCACUGCCCAGGGCAGUUAACAUCACGGAUUAUGAUGGAGAGACGCAGCGUGACAUGAGCUCUUUCCACGACCACAAGGAGGACCUCCGCAAGCGCCUGUCAUACACCACGCACAAGUUAGAGAUGGUGGAGAGCGAGUUCGACUCAACCCGCCAGUACCUGGAAACGGAACUGCGGCGGGCCCAGGAGGAGCUGGAGAAGUUUACGGAGAAGUUACGCAGGAUCCAGAGCAGUUAUGCAGCUCUACAGAGGAUCAAUCAGGAUUUGGAGGACAAGAUGCACAGGACGUCUCAGCACCACGAAGAGGAGAAGAGAGCACUCAGCCGCGAGAUCAUAGUCCUCAACAACCACCUCAUGGAGGCCAAGCUCACCAUAAAUAAACUCAAAGAGGACAAUGACCUAUACAGGAAAGACUGCAAUCUGGCUGCCCAGCUGCUGCAGUGCUACAAGUCUCAUUACAGAGCUCACAAGAUGUCUGAGCUACCACCGGACUUCCAGGAACGCAUCAGUUCCCACAUCGAGAAACAGAAUCAGGGUAGCGAAGCCACCAUGGCGAUGUGCCACUCCAAUUACUCCGACGCCGUGCCCACAGCCAUCAUUGCAAAGAUCCUAGAAAAACCAGAACCGGGAAACAGUUGCCCCGUUACUCGUUCCCCAAGUCCACGCCCGCAGGACGGAGACUGCCUGGCCGAACCGGGAAGUAACGAUCACCUCAACCGCCGAGUCGCGUACAAGACCUCCGACCUGUAUUGCAGCGACACGGCCCUCUACUGCCCCGAACGCUGGCAGGAAACGGACCGCCGGCAGAGCGUGGACCUCCACGGUACAGCUUUGCUCCAGCUCCAUGCCCAGAAUUCCACAGACAGUAACCCCGAUGAGGAGGCCUACCACUCGGGCGGCUUCUCCCAUCACGAGCCGCCUUCAUCCUUCCACCACCACGAGGACUUCAACGCCGGAAGCCUCCCCGCCUCCAGUUCCUACUCGAGUUUCAGCCUCGCCUCUGACGACAAGGGCGGGGUAGCGGGCGGGGUCGUACGCACCGCAAGUAGCACUUUAUCCACGUCCCACCAGGGCUUGUAUAUGGACUGGCGGGAGGGCGGCGGCGGGCAGUAUGAACGCAAAAGCAUGUCUUCCUAUGACAAAGACAGCUCAGGGUUCCCCAAGUCCCACAGCAUUCAGCACAUCAUCACUUCAGUGAGCCCGCAGAAGGGCCCCUCGCCGGCGUACACAAGGACGGCCUCUUGCUACAGUGAACCGUACCAUUCCAGCAGCCCUCGCCUGGCCUCCGCCCACAGCGUGGGAUCUACGACCGGGUUAGGCCAGGCGCAAGGUGCAGCUCUGGAAAGCAGGGCUGAUAUCCACGUCCAUGAGGAUGAGCUGAGCGGCCGGUGGAAACAGCUGAGCGUGGAAGAUGUCAACACCUUCUCGUCUUCCUAUCGUAACGUCAUGGGACGGGGCUCGCCAUACAGUUUCUCCGAGUGCCACUACGCCGCGGGCCCGUCAAGUAACACCAAGGGAUCUCUCUACAGCAGCUUCCAAGAGGGAGAUGACGUCUUCCACGGCCACAUGCUGGACCAGCGCUUUGAGUUGGGCUCCCCUUCGCCCAGCCGCAGCCCAAAACCUCCGCCUGCGGAGCUUCGCAAACAGAAAAAGAACUCUGCGACGUAUCGAGCCAAGGACGGCAAUCCAGAUGGCUCAACGCUCUCGGAAAGCUCGAAAGAGAAGGAGCGCGCCAAGAACUACGUCAAUCUGAGUGCGGGAAGCUCGGCGGAGUCCUUACACCAAAGGCCGUUAGAAGCCUCAAGUCUUCAGCAUUACCCGAGCCCCAGGCCGAGCGUUCGGCCCCGCCCGAGCUCCAGCUCCGGCCUAAGCGCUGUCGGCCCGGAGCUCCCCAAGAAAACCUCUCCGAGAUACCAAAAAUUUGGCAGCACUGGGUUGACAAGGAAGGACAGUCUGACCAAGGCGCAGCUCUACGGCACUUUGUUGAACUAAAGCAACGAGGAAAGAGCUCGUCAUUUGAUGCAUGAUGAUGAUUACAAGCCUUCUGUACCGUCUCAAACGUUCUCUGCAGCAUACUUGGUGUGACAAGGGUGUUCAGUGUUUCAUGUAUCCUAGCCAAGGCAUGUUUCAUGAAGUCUGCAACACUUUUUUUCUAUUUUACGUCAUAUUAAAGUGUAGCUUCUAGCUAGCUGAGAUGGUGUAGCAAUUCAGUGACUCUUCAUUUCAUUCAUCUUUAGAGCCACUGGGAUGAAACCACUUUCAGCAAGACAGACCGUGGACAUACUGUGUGCUUUGUGCUAAAACUUUGAUACUGAAAACUGUUAGUAAAGCCAGCAAGAAACUUAGCUCUUCUUCUUCUUAAAAAAAAAAGUAUAAAUAGAAAGUAAACGUAAAGCAUGUUUAAACGAUUACAACUACUUCAUGAGCAUUUUUUAUUGUAUGACGUUUCAAAACUGACAUUAAUCUAAUUAAUCAAAACUGACUGAACUAUGAAAGAAACGUCAAAACCCAACAAACAAUGCAACGAUUCAGAUGCAAGCUGCAAGAGUUUUGAAACAACUCGGCUGGAUUUUGUCUUAUUUUUGUAUGUGAACAUUUGAUCCGUAAACGCAAUGCUGGAUUGCACAAUCCUUAUCCGUAUAAGCAGGAUACUGGUGAAGUUGCCUUAAUUCCGUUGAGUGGGGCACAACUUUGCAGAAGCUAAUGAGUGUGCAUACUGUAUAGCUGCUCUCCUGAUUCUGGAGAGCGGCUUCUUUGUGCUCAGCAUCGCAGUGUCUCCGAAGGGGGGGGGGAGACGAGCCUCUUGUAUGAAUGGGAAUGAGGCUGCUAGAUCGAGCACAUGACUCUCAGUCCAUUUUCAAUAAUUUGUGAGCUUUUUGGCCCAAUUUGGUUGUUCACAGCUAAGUAGAUUUAAUUAUGAGAUGUGCAAUACGCAGAAUUGUGUAAAUCAAGAAAAAUAGGACUCAAGCAUAGAUGCAACCAAGUGUGCCAACUGAGAGUGUCCAAUUAGGCGUUCUACAUUUCGGCUUUUGCGAAAUAAUGAGAUCACAAGUCAUUCUUCUAAUAAGCUUACUUCUUAUAUUGAUUUUCUGAGUCAUUUUCAUUUGAGUGAAUUCCAUUAAAAUGACAUACUGGAUCAUCAAAGACGCAGAAAUGGUCUUCAACAGUUUUAGAAACAGGCUUGUGUUAAUUAGGUACUCUUUACUGUGCAAGUAAGGCUACCAACGCAAAAUUGGAGCCGAAAUGACUUGAAUUAAAUCAUCCUGCUUAAGUUUUGUCCAUUUCUCCUAGUGAAGAAGACAUAACGAACAUCAAAACGAACUUGCUGUGAGACUUUAAAUGCAAACACUGGCUUCAACUGUUUUCAAUUGAAACAUCCAUCCAUUCAUCCAUUUUCCGAAGCGCUUUUAUCCUGACUAGGGUCGCGGGGCGUGCUGGAGCCUCUCCCAGCUGUCUUCAGACAGUCGGCGGGGAACACCCUGAACUGGUUGCGAGCAAAUCGCAGGACACACAGAGACAAACAACCGUUUGCGCACACAAUCACACCUAGCGACAAUUUCGAGUAUUCCAUUAACCUACCAUGCAUAUUUUGGGAAUGUGGGAGGAAACCGGAGUACCCAAAGAAAACCCACGCAGGCACAUGCAGAACAUGUAAACUCCAAAUCAAACCCUGCACCGCUGCACUGUGAGGCCGACGUGCUAACCAGUUACCCACAGUGCUGCAGCAUUCAAAUGAAACAGAAUUUCUAAAGUUUCAACUUUAUUCACACUAUUAUUUUUUUCAACUUUUUUAAAAUUUCCAAUGUUAUGUUUAUAUGGUGUAAGCGUAAGUAUUGUAUUUAUUCUAAGUGAGGUUUCGGAAAGGCUUAAAUAUUAAUACAACCAGUGUCAAAAAUAAUUGAAUGAAUUAAAGAUAUUUUUGUCGAGGUGAUGUAUUGAAAGAGGCAGACAGAAAAUGCAUCUUUACACAACAAUAAAAUGGUUUUCUAUUCAGUUGUUAUGCUGUUAAUGGAAUGUUUUGAGCAUCCCAACAAGGAAGUGCAAGUGGGUGUGUCCAGGUUCAGACCGAGCUCCUUCUUAGUCCCAGUCAAACCAGAAUGUGACCAUGUCUGUCUGAUGCAUGAUUAGAUAUUUUUGCUGUAUUUAUUUAAUAAAGAUGAGUGUUGGAAAAAUA